AUGGCAUCCGCCACGGGCAUUCCCGAACAAAACCCAGCAUUGCAGGAAGAAGAACCUCUCCUAGGUCGCCCAGGAGAUGUCACCCAGCGGCCCGGCCAGGGACUGCAGUUCAACUUCGUGAAAGGAACCGCGAUCCUGGCACAGGCCGGCAUAGUCAUCCUCACGGCGCUGGUGUGGGCAGCCGUGUUCCAAGCCGACUUGAUCUUCUUCUCCUUCCACCCACUGCUGAACUCGUUUGCCGUUCUGCUGCUGGUUCAGGGCGUGCUGGUGCUGCAACCGACGGCCAUCCAAAAAGACAAGAUCAAUGGGACAUAUGCACAUGCGAUCUUCAACGGCCUGGCCGUGGCAGCGCUUAUUGCGGGCCUGGUGAUCAUCGAGAGGAACAAGGCAUCGCACCCGGACACUCGUUUCCAGAGUGCGCACGGCAAGAUGGGCUUGGUCGCCUAUAUCCUCAUCUUCCUCCAAUGGCUGGUUGGGUUCACUUCCUUCUUUGUACCGAAGUUGGUUUAUGGCACUGUCGACCGUGCCAAAUCGCUCUACAAGUACCACAGGAUCGCCGGAUACAUCCUUUUGACGUACCUGCUGGCUGUCGUUGCUGCAGCCACUACCACAUCCUACAACAAAGGUGUCCUGCAUAUCAAGUUGUGGGCGGUUCUUGUGGCCAGCGUUUUUGUCUUGAUGGGAGUCAUUCCCCGGAUCAAAAAGCACAAGUUGGGGUUCUGA